AUGGGGUUUCGAAAAUUCUUACUGUUCUGUUUCCUCUGUUCCAUCAUUUUCACAUUCAUGGUUUCUGGCCAAGAGAAUGCUCAGCUUAUGAAAGAUAGAGCUUCACUGGUUUCAUUCAUGUCAGGUGUUGUUUACCCUCGACAUUCACUUGAGGGAUGGAGCAUCAGUUCAGGUGUUCAUGUGUGUAAUUGGUCAGGAGUUCAUUGCAACAAUGCUAGUGAUCAAAUACUAGAGCUUGAUCUCAGUGGAAUGCAACUUCAAGGCACGAUUUCUCCCGUCGUCGCGAAUCUUACUUCAUUGAGGAUUCUUGAUUUGUCAAGGAACUUCUUUGUAGGUCAGAUUCCGGCGGAGUUGGGUUAUCUUUCUCAACUCAAACAGUUGAGUUUAUCAUUGAAUCUUCUUGAAGGGAACAUUCCUGCAGAGUUGGGUUCCCUUCAUCAAUUGGUGUAUCUUGAUCUGGGGACUAACAGGCUUAAGGGUGAUAUUCCAGAGCCACUUUUGUGUAAUGGGUCGUCUUCUUUACAGUACAUUGAUCUUUCUAACAAUUCUUUAACCGGCCAAAUCCCUUUAACUAAUGAGUGUAAGCUCAUGGACUUGAAGUUUCUUCUGCUAUGGUCGAAUCGACUAGUUGGCCAGGUUCCUCGAGCUCUUUCAAACUCAACAAAGCUGAAAUGGCUCGAUUUGGAAUCGAACAUGCUAAGCGGGGAGUUGCCAUCAACAACGAUACAGAAAAUGCCCCAAUUACAGUUCCUGUAUUUGUCCUACAACAAGUUUGUUAGCCAUGAUGGAAACUCCAACCUCGAACCAUUUUUCGCUUCUUUAGUUAACUCCUCUAACUUUCAGGAACUUGAAUUAGCAGGAAACGGUCUUGGUGGGACGAUACCUUCUAUUAUUGGUGAUCUCUCCGCCAAACUUGUGCAGAUACAUCUAGAUGACAAUCUUAUCUAUGGUUCUAUACCUCUUCAACUUUCCAACCUUGUCAAUCUCACCCUCUUGAACUUGUCCAGUAAUCUCUUGAAUGGCAGCAUCCCACCUGAAUUAUGUCGUAUGAGGAAGCUAGAGAGGGUUUGCUUGUCAAACAAUUCACUCUCCGGUGAGGUUCCAGCGGCUCUUGGAGACAUUCCUCAUCUAGGCCUUCUGGAUUUAUCAAAAAACAAGCUUUCCGGUUCAAUUCCGGAUAGUCUUGCUAACCUUUCCCAGCUCAGAAGACUUUUGCUCUAUGAGAACCAGCUCACAGGAACCAUACCACAAAGUCUAGGCAAAUGUAUUAACUUGGAGAUUCUUGACCUUUCGCGUAACAUGAUUUCCGGGAUUAUUCCUUCUGCAGUUGCUGGACUCAGGAGCUUGAAAUUGUACUUGAAUCUGUCGAGCAAUCACUUACAUGGGCAUUUACCGUUGGAGCUGAGUAAAAUGGACAUGGUUUUAGCAAUUGAUUUGUCUGUGAACAAUCUCUCUGGCACAAUCCCUCCACAGCUUGGAAGCUGCAUUGCAUUGGAGAACCUCAAACUUUCCAGUAACGUCCUAGAAGGCCGUCUUCCUGCUUCGCUAGGACAACUUCCAUAUCUUAAAGAACUGGAUUUAUCUUCAAACAAGCUGAUUGGAGAAAUCCCACAAACUCUGCAGGCAUCUGCAACUCUCAAGCAACUCAACUUCUCUUUCAACAAGUUCUCUGGUAACAUAUCAAACAAGGGUGCGUUUUCAUCGCUAACAAUAGACUCUUUCUUGGGAAAUGAGGGUCUUUGUGGAUCCAUAAAAGGCAUGCCAAACUGCAAGAAGAAAUGGUUUCACCGUUCAGUCAUUCUAUCGAUUCUGCUUUCAUUGUUUGCCACUCUAUUGUUCUUCUGUGGCUACCUGUUUGUAUUGAGAUCAAAAGCAAGAGAACGAUUGGCGAUUUUCAGUGGAACAGACUUGGAAGACGAAGAGACUGGAAGUAAAGAGCUCAAGUACCCGAAAAUCUCAUAUCAGAAACUCAUUGAAGCCACAGGUGGGUUGAGCUCGUCAAGCUUGAUUGGUUCAGGCCGGUUUGGACAGGUUUAUAAGGGAGUACUUGCAGACAACACAAGAAUAGCAGUGAAGGUUUUGGAUCCCAAGACUGCUUCAGAAAUUUCAGGGAGUUUCAAGAGAGAAUGCCAGAUCCUAAGGAGAACAAGACACAGAAAUUUGAUAAGGAUCAUUACUAUUUGCGGCAGGCCUGAUUUCAAGGCUCUUGUCCUUCCACUGAUGGAAAAUGGAAGCCUGGAGAGACAUCUGUACCCGAGCAAUGGAUUGAAACCGGCGUUGGAUUUGGUUCAGUUGGUGAGCAUAUGCCAUGAUGUAGCAGAAGGUGUGGCCUACUUGCACCACCACUCUCCAGUUAAAGUCGUGCACUGUGAUCUUAAACCAAGCAAUAUCCUUCUGGAUCAUGACAUGACAGCUUUAGUAGCCGAUUUCGGCAUUGCAAAACUGGUUAAAGGUGCUGAUGAAAGUAUUCCAACAACUGAUUCAGUGUCCUUCAGCUCUACCGAUGGACUGUUAUGUGGGUCUCUUGGAUAUAUUGCUCCUGAGUACGGAAUGGGAAAACAGGCAUCAACUCAGGGAGAUGUAUACAGUUUUGGAGUACUUUUGUUAGAAAUUGUUACAGGAAGGCACCCCACAGAUCUCCUGUUUGAUGAAGGUUCAAGCUUGCAUGAAUAUGUGAAGAAACACUACCCCUAUAACUUGGAAUCCAUAAUCGAGCAAGCGCAGGUCAGAUGCGCUCCUCGAGCAAUGCCAACGUACUACAACAGAGUGUGGCGUGAUGUUAUCCUGGAACUGAUUGAACUUGGUCUUAUGUGCACUCAACGCAAUCCUUGUACAAGACCAAGCAUGCUUGAUGUAGCUCAUGAAAUGGGUAUGCUAAAGCAGUAUCUCUCUACUCCUCCAACAGUGGAGACGGAAGAACCAUCUCCUAAGGCCAAUGCUUUUUGAUUUCAAAGCCUUGAGUUACCACUGUGAUUCAGUGUUUAGUGUUCAUUCAAUUCAUUUGUAUUUGUUUUGGGUUAAGCAAUUCUAACAUAAAAAUUAUUGUUCAACAAACUACUGGUUUUGUCAAUGUUUAUCUCCUGCUGGAAAUCAAAUGUGUAUCUCCAGUUGGAAAUCAAAGUCCAAACAGAGAUUGUCUGCUCUUGGCCGACGAAU